AUGGCUAUUAUUUCUUUAGUGGUCAUCAAUGUACACACAAAAAAGAUAAAAGCCAAAGCGUUCAGCCUUGGACAGUUUUCGUUCUUCACCCGAGGAAAGGUAAAGGAGACCUUGACCUUUAUUUCUCAGGAGCUUGCUGAAAAAUUGGAGACUUAUGAAUUCCAGGAGUACUCUCAUGAAUUCAAUGACGAAAAAACUUACAAGCUAUUCAGCUUGGUACACAAUGACUAUGCAUACAUAGCAUGUGCAGACGACAACUAUCCAGGGAUUGUGGCUUUGAAGCUUUUGCAAGAAGCAAGGCAUGGAAACAUUGAGAAACUCAUUGAUGAAUACAAAGACCCUGCAUCCAAGCACACACUCCUACAAAUACAGAACGAAGUGGAAGAAACCAAAGGAGCGCUAUCAAAAACACUGAUGGCCGUUCUUGAGCGCAAUGAUAAGCUGGAGGACCUGGUUGCCAAGUCUGAGCAUCUCUGCUACGAGACAAAACUGUUAUUCAAAAGUGCAAAGAAGAAAAACAAGUGCUGUUAG